UGCACCCGCCAUGUGGAAGGCAGCCGUCUUAUCCUUGUGUCUGUUAGUGGCACUGGCAGACAAAGCGCGGUCCAAUGAGGGUCAGCCUUCCUUUUAUGGGGUGAAACUGUGUGGAAGAGAGUUCAUACGAGCUGUGAUCUUUACCUGUGGUGGUUCUCGAUGGAGGAGAAGCAUAGGAGACUCAGCUGCUAUGGGAGAAGAAGCUUUUGAUCUGUGGAACACAGCUCCUCUCUAUCAACUCUCUACCAGUGAGCAGCAUCCUGCAGAAUCCCAAGCAUGGAGUGACCAAUCGCUGGAUGUGGCAUCUGUUUCUGCAGGAUUCAGCCGCCCUGCCCGCUCGCCAGUCUUAGACGAGGUGCUGGAGGCUCUCCGGAGUGCAGACAGGAAAGGACGCGAUGUGGUGGUCGGACUGUCUAAUGCUUGCUGCAAGUGGGGCUGUAGCAAGAGUGAAAUCAGCUCUCUGUGCUGAAUCUCAUUUCUUCAACUGACACCUUCUUGUUCAGAUAAAAAGCUCUACACUUUUAACAUGUGAUUUCUUCACAAGAAGAAUUCUUAAACUUCAUCCAGCUCACUGUCUCUGUGUUGACUCCUGAUGAAUUCAUGUGAAUGUCUACUAAAACUAUGUUCUAACUAUGAUUAUUAAGGAAUGAUAUAUUUGUUUAAUAAAGC